AUCAGGUGCCCCGCGAGUGCACGUGCCAGGGCCUAUCCAGCCAUCAACAGCACCUAGGUAGAAGUUCAGCACCAAAAAUCACUCAAACUUCAUUCUGUAUGAAUAUGAACGCUGGAGAGGAUGACGAUCUCAGACUGCUGCGGUCGUCCGCAUUGUUGCUUGCGGAUAUCGAGAAAUUGCUACCCAGGCUGCUCCGGAAGAAACGAGCUGAUAACUAUGUCAUGCGUUACCAAGUGAAAGAAGUCGACAUGCGUCGGCUGGUAGUCAAGAUCGAGCCGUUCCAGGAGGACCCACAGCUGCUUGAUACUCAUCUCAAGACUUUCCUCCCUCCCUUGGUUUCUGCCUACCUUGAAAUAAUCCAAUCUGAGAGUACUACCAAGCCGAAGAAGGGCUACCUACCGACUUCGCAUGUGAUAUGCCAGAUCCUCAACCUCUUCUGCAAAGUCCGGGGUGAGAAGGUUAUUAAAGGAUUCCUCAACAACGAGCCCCGCUAUCUGGAGCCUAUUCUCACUGAACUCGAAAGAGGGAGGAACUUUGUGCGCGAAGAUGGCGAAUCUUUACCGCAGUGUAUGCUUCCAUGGGUCGAGCGAUAUAUACAACUUCUGUGGUUGUCCCACUUAAUGCUUGCCCCUUUUCCGCUGGCCUCGAUGUCGGUUCUGAAAUCCUCCAAAGAGACAUCCGCUGCGCUCGGUGUCGAACUUCCGCUUGAAGUCCCGGAGGUUAGUAUUCGCACUUUGGUUAUCUGCGUUGAUGGCUUGAAGUCUGCCAGCAAAGAGCGUGGGGCGGCCGCAAACCUGCUCGUCCGCUUAUGUGUCCGUCCAGAUAUGCAAGCGCUUGGGCUUUUGAGUGCGAUAGUUACCUGGGCUCUAUCAUCUUUCGAAAAAGUCGACGAAAACCCUUCAAAUAUCCACCGAUACCUUGGGAUACUCUCCUUUCUUGCGGGCUUGGUGAGCUCUGCGACGAAUGAAGAGCUCGGCCCAUUUCUGUCUGAUAUAUAUCGAACUUGCCAUAACAUUAUCAGUGAUGAGAGCUUGAGCUUUGUCAAGUCUUCAGCUGUGGCGAGGAAAAUGAUCAUCAAGAGUUUCCGCAAUAUCGUCGUCCACUCACUGCAGGAUACCUCCUCCGUCAGCAGUCUGGAUCCGACCAUGGUCGUGGAGGAAGUCGUAGAGUUUCUUCUGGAUGCGCUUGCGGAUGGCGACACACCAGUCCGAUACUCUGCCAGCAAAGCACUCAGUAUCAUCACUAUGAAGCUGGAUCCAGAGAUGUCCGCGGAAGUGGUGGAUGCCAUCCUCGGUUCAUUGAACGAGAACGUGUAUUGGGAAGGCUCUCAGCGUAACUUGAGCGGCGUCAAUCCGUUGCGGUGGCAUGGACUGACCCUGACACUUUCACACCUCCUCUACCGAAGGGCGGUAUCUACAUCCCAACUACCCGAUAUACUGAACGCUUUGCUUCUCGCCCUCGCUUUUGAGCAAAGAUCCGCAACUGGAAGGUCGAUUGGGACCAACGUCCGGGACGCAGCCUGCUUUGGUAUUUGGGCAUUGGCUCGCCGGUACACUACCAACGAGCUACUUGCGGUGCGGACAUCUUCCGUACGAGCGUCAGAACAUCUUACGAACAUCUCCAUACUCCAAGUGGUUGCAACGGAACUCCUGGUCGUGGCAUGUCUGGACCCAGCGGGCAAUAUCCGGAGAGGCUCGUCUGCCGCCCUGCAAGAGCUUGUUGGGCGGCAUCCCGACACAGUGAGCGAUGGUAUACCUCUCGUACAGAUAGUGGAUUUUCAUGCUGUGGGACUCAGAGAAAGAGCUAUGUGUACCGUUGCUGUCAAUGCUGCAAAACUGCAACAAACGUAUUGGGACGCCCUGUUUCAGAAUCUCUUGGGAUGGAGAGGGACAGGAUCGUUGGAUGCACCAUCUCGCCUCUUUGCGGCUUCUGCAGUCGGCUUAUUGUCAGCAGACAAGGACCAGCCCGUCAUCAUGAGGGUGGCCGAGGAGGUAGUCAAGCGGCUGAAGAUAUUGAGGCCCAGGGAGAUUGAAGAACGGCAGGGUUUUGUGAUGUGCCUUUCCGCUCUAGUCAAUCAGUCGCUCUCACCACAAUCCGGAAUAUUAGAAACCGGGAAGAGAACAUCGAGUACACGUGCGGAUCUCACUCAUCUUUGGACGCUGCUCGAUAAUGCUCUGCGGCUGGAUGAGAGCGCCUUCGCCUCACCAGCUUUGCGGCCCGAAUUCACCGCAUCUGCGAUCUGCAACUUUCUAGGGGAAAUGGCAGCUAUGUCUCGGAAGGGGCAGCAUUUGCCAGAACUUGUUUUACCAUAUCAGGAGAUGACCCGGCUCUUGAACCUCUGCCUUGCGCGACAUGAAGACACCGUUCUGGCGGCUAUUCCGAAGGCCACGCAAGGUGUGCUGGAACUUCUGGACAAGAAGAGUCCAGGCGAGAAAGACACCUUAGUUUCCACUUGGCUGGAUAAACUUGAGAACGAGGCGUCGUACAACGGACUGCGCUGGUCGGGGUACGCAAUAGCUCUGGGUGCUGCGUAUCCGCUUCUCGAAGGGGCUAUUAGGGGUUGCGGUACACUCCAGAACCGGAUAAUCGGAGUUCUCACUUUCAGAUGCACAUCAGCAGUUGCAGUUGAGGCGCGCACGGUGGCUCUGCGGGCCAUGACUGUGCUAUUGGAAAGCUACGCAGGGUUUCAUGAGUCCAGGCAAUUACCCAAAGACGUCGUGGAUCAGAUUUGCAAAGCUUUACAUAUUUCAUUGAACGAUUAUACGGUUACAGAGAGAGGCGACGUCGGCUCCUUGGUCCGACUCGAAGCCCUGAUCACGACUGGAACGGCAUGGUCCGCCAGCAUACAAUUCCGAAACUCUCACGGCGGCGAGCAAUUGCAUGGAGAUGUACUCAGACUUUCUGUGGAGAAGCUCGACAAGAUCCGCGCUCGCGCUGCACAUGUCCUGGAGCAGACAUCGUACGGUGAGUUUGAGGAGGUAGCCCAUAGAACUGCCGACGGGGUCUCCUCAUACGAAUACUUUGCGAAUGCCCUUAAACUAUUCCACCAACCUAUUCCCGAUCACAUCAAAGAAGGACUUUGUCUUGGGCUGGCCAGUUCGGCAGGUAUGGGAUCAGAGUCAGUUGUACAGAACUCUCGAGCCGCACUAUUGGAUACUCUGGAUUCAUUACCCACUGACGAGACUUCUGAAUCCGGACUGACUUUAUUGGAUGUGGCAAACUGCUUGCUCGGUCUCUUGAAGAACAGUCUGGACAAUGAUAGGACUCUGCUACCUCUCCUCGAGGUCAUAGCAUUUUUAUUUGACAUGCAGGUCAUGCAGCGCAUGGUAACAACUACCUUCAACUUCCGAGCGCUCCUUUCCUACACACAAAAGGCGCAUUUCAAAUCCUCGCACAUGCAAAAGCUUCAUCUGGCCCUUGACGUUUACCGGGGCCUAGCAAACAUACCAUCCACACGAAUCGAUACAAUCAACAAGUUAGCCAGCAUGCUGCUGCAUCCUUUUCCUAAUAUCCGUAUCUCAUCCGCCGAGACGUUGUGGCUCCUUACACAAGAGCAGGACUUGAAGAGACAUGACUGGAGCCAGCCACCGAAGAUCUUGAAGCCUUCAGUCGAGGCUAUAAAGACAACCUGUCUAAGCAAGCCACGGUUAAUGAUUCUCUACCCAUGUGAGACAUGAUUGCGAGACGCCUCUGAUGCUUAAACUAGAUCGGCAUUAGUCAGGAAUCUGCAUCGCACUGCAUGGACGAUCUCCAAAGCUUAGCCUGUAGCGUCUUUCAACCUCAAAAGCUUUGUGUUCCUUUGCCAAAUUCGGAUCCU